AUGAGGAUGAUUCAUACAUUUUUUCGCCAUAAACAACUAGUAUAUAUUGAGAAAUAUGAAAAUUAAUGCAUAUAAUUUUUUCAGAUAAUAUUCAAACUUAAUAUUUUGAAAAAUUAUAAAAGAAACGGUAAAUUAAUAAAUAAUAUGAGUCUGCGCAUGCCUGUAAUAUUUGUAUUGCAAUUUGCGCAUUUGGGGUUCACACAAGUAUUUGAAAGGAAUAAUAAUCGAUUGGUCAACGUGCGUGAUCUCCAUUUCUCGUAUACAAGUUUGGAGAUUCUUUGUGUAAUUUAUAACAAGGGCCAAUUUGACCCUUUAAAAUUACCAAAAAUGGUUAAAAUGGAACAUGAUGAUGGGAAAAAUGAACCUGAACAUGUUAGGAAAUUAUUUAUUGGUGGAUUAGAUUACAGAACUACAGAUGAUUCUUUAAAAAAACAUUUUGAAAAAUGGGGAGAAAUUGUAGAUGUAGUUGUAAUGAAAGAUCCAAAAACAAAACGAUCUAGGGGAUUUGGAUUCAUUACCUAUUCUCGUGCACAUAUGGUGGAUGAUGCUCAAAAUGCAAGACCACAUAAAGUAGAUGGACGUGUAGUUGAACCUAAAAGAGCUGUUCCUAGACAAGAAAUUGGUAGGCCAGAAGCUGGUGCAACAGUGAAAAAAUUAUUUGUAGGUGGUUUAAAAGAUGAUCAUGAAGAAGAAGAUCUUAGACAAUAUUUUCAAAGUUAUGGUAGCAUAAAUUCAAUCAGCAUUGUAACAGAUAAGGAAACUGGCAAAAAACGUGGUUUUGGUUUUGUUGAAUUUGAUGAUUAUGAUCCUGUAGAUAAAAUUUGCUUGCAACGCAAUCAUCAAAUACGUGGCAAGCAUGUAGAUGUUAAAAAAGCUUUAAGUAAGGCUGAGAUGGCUUCUGCAUCAGGAGGUGGUGGUGGUAGUGGCGGUGGUGGGAGCAGAGGAGGACAGAAUGUCGGAAGAGGACCCCGUGGUGGCAAUCAGGGUGGCGGUAAUUGGGGAGGUCGUGGAAGUGGAGGUGGUGGAGACUGGAAUAAUGGUGGUAAUCAGGGUGGUUAUGGUGGAGGUAAUCAAGGAGGUUGGGGUGGUAACGGCCCUUGGGAGAAUCAGAAUCAAGGAGGUGGCUGGGGAGGUCAAGGAGGUCAAGGUGGAUAUAAUAGUGGUGGAAAUUGGAGCAACGAUAACUUCGGAGGAGGUUACCAACAAGGCUAUGGCGGUGGUCCAGUACGGAAUAAUUUCAACUCUGGAGGAAGACCUGCACCCUAUGGUAUUAAUAUGGGUCCUAGUGGCCGACAGUCUGGAGACUCGAGAUGGCUACCACCCUUCGGUGGACAAGGUUGCUUCUGUCCUUCUCAAAAGCCAACGCGUUUGUUACGUGCCUUGAGCAACUACCUGUAGAUUCGCAUUGAUUACUUGUAAUAACAUAUUUUUAAUUAUAUUAUAGUAUAUGUAAUAUACUAUAUAUCGUUCAUAACUAUAACAAGUUGCACAAGGAGCGUUCAGCUUAUAAUUAGUACAAUUUUAUAAUAUUACUAAUUAAGUAUUCACACGAAAUAUGAUAUAUCGAUUUCAAUUAAACUUCGUAAGCAAAGAAUUGAGAAAUAUUUGA